AUAGGAAUCAUUUUUAUUAAUGUGAAUUACAAAUAAACGGAGAAGCUGAAUGAAGAGGUUUUUUUUGCAUUUGUAUCCUCAACAAGAACACAAAAUGUGCCCUACAUACAGUGAGAGAGACCCAGAAUAUCAGGAUCACAAGAUGACACCACACAGCAGUAUCUAUGGGCAAAAAACUACAAUCAAAAUAAAAGAGGAUACGUUUGACAUGAAGCAGUCACCAAAAACAGAAAAGUUCAAAGAAGACAGAUGCAACAUCCAGAAGAUGUUUAUCCUCCUCAUUGCACUUGGAUUUCUCAUCGGGACGGCUGUGGGAGUUUACCUCUUAGUGCAGUACUUCAUGAAGCCUCUGGUUUAUCAAGGCUCUGUACCGCUGCAAGAUGCUGAGGUGAUCUCUCGAUGUAAUGACUCUGACAACGAAGUCACUAGGGUGCCACGUAGAAAAGUAUCUUUCAGAAUAAACACAGAAAACUUCUUGUUGGAAGUGCAGGUGGAAUACAGACAAGAAUGGCUUCUCACUUGUCAUGAGGGGUGGAACGCAGAUUGGGGAACCCAUGUGUGCCGACACUUGGGAUUCAUCAGGUUGAUGCAUCACAAGGCUGUGAAUCUGACAUCCACCAAGUUAAAUCACAGUCAAGAAUUUGUUCAGGUGCCACUUGGUCAGACCAUUGCACCUGAGCAUAUGUGGCAAACCAGACGAGGAUGUCUUUCUGGACGAAUUGUUGCACUGAAAUGCUCAGAAUGUGGAUCUCGUUCCAAAUCUUCUAGAAUAAUUGGAGGACGCGAUGUGGCCUUGGGUCGUUGGCCUUGGCAAGUCAGCCUAUACCUACACAACAAGCAUGUCUGUGGUGGAUCCAUCAUAGCCCAACAGUGGAUCAUAACUGCAGCCCACUGUGUGCACAAGUCCCCUAAGCUGUCCAGCUGGUCUGUCCUUUCGGGCAUUGUCAGUCACUCCCCUAUAAGUCAACAAGCAUCUUUAUCGGCAGUGGAGAAAAUCAUUUAUCACCAAAAGUACGAUGACAGGACCCACGAUUAUGACAUCGCAUUGAUGAAACUGGAGAGGCCUUUAAAUUAUUCAGAUAGCAUUCGCCCCGUGUGUCUACCGCAAUAUGAACAGGAUCUCCCAGUGGGCUCUGAGUGCUGGAUUUCUGGCUGGGGACAUACUCAUCCUGAUAACACACGCAUGCCUCAAAGUCUGAAGGAAGCCAUGGUGCCCCUCAUUGGCACUAAGAAAUGCAAUAGUUCCUGCAUAUAUGAUGGAGACAUUACUUCAAGAAUGCUUUGUGCUGGGUACCUGGAUGGAAAAGUUGAUGCUUGUCAGGGUGACAGCGGUGGGCCCUUGGUUUGUCAGACUGACUAUACCUGGCGUCUGGUUGGAGUGGUGAGCUGGGGAACGGGAUGUGCUGAGCCCAACCGCCCAGGUGUUUAUACUAAGAUUGGAUCCUUUCUAGACUGGAUACAUAAGGUCAUUGAGGACGACUAGACAGAGAACCAGAGGACACCAGAUUUGGUGGUAUCUGAACACAUUUACAUCCACCCUCACAAUGAUAUACCAAUGAUGGCCAAUCUAUCCAGCUCAUUGCAGUACAUGAUUUUGGUGACUAUGAAGGACAUUCCAUAUACUUCUCUUAUUAAAUACAGCCUGGUAUGCGAUGCAAUAAUCUGGGUGGAUGU